CAUGUUCUAUCUACAAGUGAUCCUGUCCCACUUACUGGACGCCUGUUACUGUCACACACUCCUCACUGUUCCCCUGCUGCGCUAACGGUUCAACGCCGAUGACACACUUUCGUCCCGACUUAAGUACUUUUUAAACUUCUUUCGACCUGGAACCAAAAGUUUACACUUUGCUGCUGCUUGACGACGAAGGUGCCCAGCCGCCAUGUUUUUAGCUUUAGUGGUGACACCAGAACUCAGGGAGUUUCUGGUCCAAGUCCGGAGUGGAACGAUGCGCAUCGUCAAGGUGUGCAUUCGAGAGGGUGAUUUCAGGCGUGUGAUGACUUUCAGAGCAGCUGGUGCUGGGUGCCUACAGGGAAGCAGAGAAGAGCUGGGACCAGGACUAUGACCACUUCCUGCUUCCUAUGCUGGACGAGCAGGAGCCCUGCUACAUUCUGUACCGCCUGGACUCCCAUAAUGCACUGGGCUUCGAGUGGCUCUUCAUAUCUUGGUCCCCCGAUCACUCACCAGUGAAAGAGAAGAUGAUGUAUGCGGCAACGAGGGCCACAGUGAAGAAGGAGUUUGGUGGAGGUCACGUCAAGUACGAGAUGUUUGGAACAGUGCAGGAGGAGGUCUGUCUGUCGGGUUACUGGCAUCACGUGUCGUCCUGCUCGGGCCCCGCACCGCUCACGUUAGCUGAGAGGGAGCUGCAGAGGAUUAAAAUCUCAGAGGUGAAGGCAGAGAUCAGCGUGGAAAGCAAGCAUCAGACCCUUCAAGGUUUAGCAUUCCCUCUGAAGGACACGGCUCGACGAGCCCUACAGGAACUGUCACAGAAGCGCAUCAACUACAUACAGCUGAGGUUGGACGUGGAGAAAGAGACCAUCGAAUUGGUCCAUUCCCAGCAAACGGAGACGCAGGACUUGCCUUACAGAGUUCCUAAAGACACUCCUAGAUAUCACUUCUUCCUCUACAAACACUACCACGAGGGAGACUACCUCGAAUCUGUCGUGUUCAUCUACUCUAUGCCGGGGUACAGCUGCAGCAUCAAGGAAAGGAUGCUCUACUCAAGCUGCAAGAGUCGCCUGCUGGAGGACGUGGAAAGAGAGUAUCACUUGCAGGUGGUGAAAAAGCUGGAGAUUGAUGACGGCGACGAGCUGACGGAGGAGUUUCUGUACAAUGAGGUCCAUCCCAAGCAGUACGCCUUCAAGCAGGCCUUUGCAAAGCCGCGUGGGCCGGCAGGAAAAAGAGGACACAAGCGGCUCAUUAAGGGUCCGGGGGGCGACGUGCAGGGCAGCUAAAGACAUUUGGCGGGCGUGUGAGGAGUUCAAUGAACAACUCGUACGAACACUGAUGGCUCCUUGUGGCACUCCUUGCUCCAAUCAAAUAACAGGAAGUGAUCAUUUGACUUUUCCUGUCAUCCUAUAUCAGAAUUGUUGUUUACUUGCAUUGCAUCAUCAUACAGCACACAUUUUUCUACCAGCAAUCUUUGUAAGAUCCUACAAAUUCCUCAUAAAAUGUUUGUACUGUGAUCAACAA